UGUUACUAUAGCCGCUGCCCGGUUCGCCGGGGCGAUGUCGGAUACAUGGAGCUCGAUCCAGGCUCACAAGAAGCAGCUGGACUCGCUGCGGGAGCGGUUGCAGCGGAGGCGCAAGCAGGAUCCCUUGGACCUCAGGAACCCGGAGCUGGCACUCACUCCUCCCUUCCGCAGCGACAGCCCGGUGCCUUCGUCCAUCACCCCCAGCAGCGCCACGGAGCCGGGGGACCUGGUGGCUGACCCUGAGCUUGAAAAGAAACUCCUUCAUCACCUCUCAGACCUCGGGCUGGCUCUGCCCACGGAUGCCUUGUCCAUCUGCCACGCCAUUUCCACGCCCGAAGCCCCUGCCACGCAGCGGAGCGUGGAGAGCCUCCUCCAGAAGUUUGCGGCCCAGGAGCUCAUUGAGGUGAAACGGGGCCUCCUGCAGGAUGACGACGACGACCUGCCCAUGCUGGUGACCUACGCCGACCACUCCAAGCUCUCCGCCAUGAUGGGCGCCGUGGCCGAGAAGAAGGGCGCGGCGGAAGGCGCCGGGGGCGGAGGGGUGAAGAGGCGGGCGGAGCAGGACGCUGGGGCGUCUGCCUCCGUGGCCUCCCCUUCUACCUUGGCGUCUUCAGAGCCCCUCAAAGAGCCCCCCAAGAAGUCUCGGAAGCAGGCCUCGGACCUGGACCUCGAGAUCGAGAGCUUGUUAAGCCAGCAGUCCACAAAGGAGCAGCAGAGCAAGAAGGUGAGCCAGGAGAUCCUGGAGCUGCUGAACACGACGACGGCCAAGGAGCAGUCCAUUGUGGAGAAGUUCCGCUCGCGGGGCCGGGCUCAGGUGCAGGAGUUCUGCGACUACGGCACCAAGGAGGAGUGCAUGAAGGCCAACGAUGCCGAACGGCCCUGCCGAAAGCUGCACUUCCGCCGCAUCAUUAACAAGCACACGGACGAGUCGCUGGGCGACUGCUCCUUCCUCAACACCUGCUUCCACAUGGACACCUGCAAAUACGUGCACUACGAGAUCGACGCUUGCGCCGACCUGGACGCCCCCUGCGGGCGGGAGCUCAGCGCAGGCCAGGAGCUGGCGCUGCCCCAGGCGGUUGGAAGGGACUCCAGCGUCGACCGUCUCUUCCCCCCUCAGUGGAUUUGCUGUGACAUCCGCUACCUGGACGUCAGCAUCUUGGGCAAGUUCGCCGUGGUGAUGGCCGACCCGCCCUGGGACAUCCACAUGGAGCUGCCCUACGGGACGCUCACGGACGACGAGAUGAGGCGCCUCAACAUCCCCGUGCUACAGGACGACGGGUUCCUCUUUCUGUGGGUCACCGGAAGGGCCAUGGAACUGGGCCGAGAGUGCCUCAAUCUUUGGGGGUAUGAUAGGGUGGAUGAGAUCAUCUGGGUGAAAACCAACCAGCUCCAGCGCAUUAUCCGGACGGGGCGCACAGGCCACUGGCUCAACCACGGCAAGGAACACUGCUUGGUCGGGGUGAAAGGAAACCCCCAGGGGUUCAACCGGGGUCUCGACUGCGACGUCAUCGUGGCUGAGGUUCGCUCCACCAGCCACAAACCAGAUGAGAUCUACGGCAUGAUCGAGCGUCUCUCACCGGGGACCCGCAAGAUCGAGCUCUUCGGAAGACCCCACAACGUGCAGCCCAACUGGAUCACCCUCGGCAACCAGCUGGACGGAAUCCACUUGCUGGACCCAGACGUGGUGGCCCAGUUCAAGCAGCGGUACCCCGACGGCAUCAUCUCCAAGCCCAAGAACAUGUAGCGGGAGGGGAGGGGAGUGGUGGGUGAAGACACCCACAGACACCCACCCAUGCUAUGGACCAAGACUUGUCUGUUAUGGUGCAUCGUGAGUGAGAAAGGAAAGGCUAUGUAUGGCGAUCUUUAGUUUUUUAAUAAAAUGGAUUUUUUUUCCAGA